GUUUCUCUAUUUUUUCAUUGGGCCUUGGUUUAGGCUGUAGAAUAGUUAUAGAAAAAUCUCAACAUUUCAAUUGGGGAAAAUGGGUUCUCUACAUUCAUACACUGCUGUUCAUCGGAAAGAAACAAGGAAAGAAAACGACGGUUAAAACUGAAGACCGUGUUCACGUGCUGCAGCAGCAAGAGCCUCAAUACGUCCAUGGUAAGGGUAACCACCACGGUCAAAGGCUACCUUUGUGA